CCUAAAAGUCGGGAAAGGUGUGCUACGCAGGUCGGCCUCCAUGUUCCGAGGGAUGUCUUCAAACAAGCUGAAGCUGAAUUCAGAUUAAAGAGAGCGAGGGUACAGGAAAAGUUGUGCCAGAAUCUUGAAAAGACGUACCCUAGGGUGCCCCCUGCUGAUAGGAAUAAGCUUCACCGUCUUAUUGCUUCUCAGGCGCCUGAUAUGAUUGGGAAUGCAGGGUUAGCACGUAUCAAGAUCAUAGUGCGCGAUUAUGUUCAUGAUAAUUACACACGAUUCAAGGAUCUUGCUGCUUUUUACGGAGACAGUCGAGAUACCGAAGUCAGCGCUCGGGCGCAUUGUAAAGUUGAGAAAAUUCUAGCCUGUUGGAGUGGU